UAAAUAUAAAAGGCUUCUGUUGUUGCGAUUUUAUGAACAGUUUGUCCACGACUAGAGCGCAAUGUCGAAGAUCUUUCUGUUCCUGACAUUAUUAUGCACCUGUGCAUUCGCAUCGGUGCCGAGCACAAAACAGCAAAAACGAGGUAUCAUCGGUAAUGACGGAUGGAUCGGUCUCUCGAGUUCUUAUGGACAACCAUGGUCAAUCGAGCGUAAUCCUUGGAAAGGACCCAAACUUCCCGAGGUCAACCUACAUGCAGGAUUGCGACUGACAGCUGCGACUUAUGGUAGCAACGGCAUUGCCUUAACACCCGGAAUUGUGAAAACUGUACCAGUGUACUUAACGAGGCACGUGGUGCUGGAGAAGCCGGUGCCAGUUCCGGAGCCGAUAAUCAUAGAAAAACCGUAUCAUGUGCCACUACCGAUCGAGAAGAUUGUUCAUAAACCAGUCCCGAUUCCUGUCCCGGUACCUCAGGCGGUGCCGAUUCCCGUGGAGCGUCCAGUGCCAAUUCCAGUGAAGCAGCUGUAUCCAGUCCCAAUAAAGCAUCCGGUACCCGUGCCAGUUCCGGUGCCGGUUCCGGUGCCGGUUCCGGUUCCGGUACAGUCGUUACCACCCCCAUCGCUUCCGCUGCAUCCGUUACCACCCCCGUCACUUCCGCUGCAGCCGUUACCGCCCCCGUUGCUUCCGCUGAUCCCGUCCAGCGAUCAUCCUGGUGCCAUCUAUGCGCACGGCUACGCACCCGAUCAUCUUCACAUCCACCCGUCGCCGGUCGCCGUGCACUUGGACCACGGCAUCCACGGCAUCGCUCCCCUCGCCCAUGGUCAUCAUGGGAUUGGUCAUGUGCUGGAGCACGGUUAUGGCCAUGGUUACGACUACCACGAUGCCCAUGCUGAUCAUCUCGUCCAUGGACAUGAUCACAAAAAGAGAAAGAUUAACAAGAACUGA